UUUCUCAAAUUGUAAAAAUAUUUUUUGAGAUUGCCUGAAGCACACUCACAACCAAUCCUUCCGAAAUUCUUUAGAAAUGUAGUACGGCCUAGAGUAUUUAAUCCAUAUUAUACUAAUUCAUAUAUCAUAUACCCGAACCUACGUGAUUAGGUUCAUCGGAAAGCAGCCGAACGGAAUAUCGAGUGUCGCAAGACCCAAUAUGGCGUCAUUCAUAGAACGAGCUUCCGCAAGCUCCAAGGUCCAAUUCGCCGCAACAGCCAUUGCAUCCGGCGCCGUCGUCGUGGGCGCGAUAUUAGGAUACCAACGUCUUCAGCGAGAAGAGCGCGUUCACCAACUCAAAGACUCGAUACCAUCUAUACUCGACGAAGGCGAAGCUUUACGAAGGCUUAAUAGUUAUGGCGGCGCUUCGAAAGCCGAUAAAGAAGACCUACGAAACGAAAUCCUCGCGCGACGUGCACAAGCGGGCGACUACGACGACGAAUUAAUCCUCGAACAACUCGCGCGAAACCGUGUCUUCCUCACGCCGGAGGGACUGGACAAGCUACGCAACUCGUUCGUGAUAAUAGUUGGGUGCGGAGGUGUGGGAUCGCAUUGCACAGCGGCACUGGCGCGGUCGGGCGUCUCCAAGAUUCGAUUGAUCGAUUUUGACCAGGUUUCGCUAAGCUCAUUAAAUCGACACGCGGUCGCCACGCUAGCUGAUGUGGGAAGUCCGAAGGUGCACUGUCUUCAGCGGCGACUUCUAGCUAUUGCUCCAUGGGUGCAUUUCGACUUGCGACAAGAGAAGUUCUGGGAUAAGGCUGCAGAUAAACUGUUAGAACCGUGGAAGAAUGGGCAGAAGCCGGAUUAUAUCGUGGACGCUAUCGACAAUAUCGAUACAAAAGUCGCGCUGCUGAAAUAUUGCCACGACCACGAACUACCGGUCAUAUCAUCUAUGGGCGCGGGAUGUAAGAGCGAUCCUACCCGGAUCAUCGUAGGGGAUAUCGGAACUAGUACCGACGACGGGCUAUCGAGAUCUACCAGACGCCGAUUAAAGUUACUAGGAGUUACCAAAGGAAUCCCGACUGUAUAUUCGACAGAGAAAACCGGGGAGGGGAAAGCAGAGCUGCUCCCUCUUCCCGACGAUGAAUUCCAAAAGGGCCAAGUUGGUGAUUUAGGAGUCUUGCCAGAUUUCCGAGUGCGAAUAUUGCCGGUACUGGGGACAAUGCCAGCUGUGUUUGGAUACACGGCAGCGAACCACGUCAUACUCUCUGUUACUGGAUACCCCCAUGAUUACGUACCGGCAAAGGGUCGAGAGAAGAUGUACGAGGGUCUUCUUGCAGCGGUUCAAGGAGGUGAAGAGAAAGUCCUCCGACAUAUGACGGGCGGCGACCCCAGCAUUACCUUAGGUCUAAAAGUACCAAUUACGACGGCGGAUAUGGCAUUCCUUGUUGAAGAGAUCUUCAAGGGGCGUAGUGCUAUCACUGGACUCACGACUCGAUUGACCUUAAUGAGAUGGCGGAAGCCGAAGGAUUCCAUUCUGGUAAGAAUAGGGGAGUGUCCCGAUGAGCAAAAGUCUUCGAACGUUAAACUUGAGGAUCUUGUUUGCAUGACCAAGGAAGAGGGAAUACGGCAUGACAAACAGAUUUUGCGAGGAGACAAGACGCCCGAGGAAGUAUAUGACCCAGUCACGGUAGAGAAGGUCGAGGCGCUGCUUAGAGAUACCGCGAAGUACGAAAAAUAUAGAUGAUCGUGGAUUUCGCUGCGCAUUUCCGAGGCCGAUCCAAUCGUACUUAAUCAUCCCCUAUUCUCUAGGGCGCCGUGAGUACCAA